AUGCCCUGUUUACUUACUAAAGGGUUUUAUGCACUUGCUGCUGCUCCGCAUGCAGUUUUUCGUCUUAAUGCUGCUGCUGCUGAUGCUGCUGCUCUUGGCGGUGGCAGCUCCCUGCAGCAGCAAAGCAGCAGCAAAGCAGCAGCAGCAACGCUGCACCAGCCUGGAGCCUUUUCACAGACCCUUAGAGAGUGUAGCAAGAAAAGCUGCGUAGGCAGCAGUGUAGCAGCAGCACGUGUAGCAGCAGCAGCACGCGCAGCGGCAGCAGCGACUGCAGCGGCAGCAGGUGCAGCAGCAGCAGGCGUGGCAGCUACGGCAAGCGCAGCCACAGGCACAGCAGCAGCAGGUACAGGGGGAGCAGCUGCAGGCUCAGCAGGUGUAGCAUCAGCAGGCCUAGCAGCAGCAGGUGCAGCAGUAGCCGGUGUAGCAGCAGCAGGUGUAGCAGCGGCAGGUGUAGCAGCAGCAGCACGAGCUUGGCGUAGCAGCAGCAGCACGAGCUUCGCUGCGUAA